AUGGAUUCCCAAGAAACAUUGUUCACCAUUGAUGAGGAAGAUAUUAUAUGGCCGAGGAGGUUUAACCAAGUCCAACCACAAUCUCUGUGUAAUAGCAAGUGCCAAUCAGGUUAUGCUAGAAGCAAGAUAGAAGGGAAGCCAUUUUGCUGCUAUGAUUGUCUGAAAUGUCCAUAUGGGAAGAUUUCCAACCAAGAAAACAUGAAUGAAUGCUUUCAAUGUCCAGAAGACCAGUAUCCUAAUAAGAAGCAGGAUUUCUGUCUCCCGAAAGUUAUAACAUUUUUGAAGUAUGAAGAAUCUUUGGGAACUAUAUUGGCCAGUUCUGCUCUUUUCUUUGCUUUGGUCACAGCUGCAAUCCUCUGGAUUUUUAUUAAGCAUCAGGACACUCCCAUUGUCAAAGCGAACAACCGGAAUCUCACCUACACUCUCCUUGUUGGUCUUAUGUUGUCUUUUCUUUGUUCUUUGUUAUUCCUAGGAAGACCUGGUAAGGUGACAUGUCUCCUUCGUCAAACAGCCUUUGGGAUGAUCUUUUCCAUGGCUAUUUCUUGUGUAUUGGCCAAAACCAUCAUCGUGGUUCUGGCUUUCACGGCCACUAAGCCUGGGUCCAUGAUGAGCAGAUGGGUUGGGAAAAGACUUGUCAUUUUCAUAAUUUUGGGGUGUUGUUGUAUUCAAGGUAUUAUUUCCAUUACAUGGGUGACAACCUCUCCUCCAUUCCCAGAUGCUGAUAUGAAUUCAGUGGUAGAAGAAAUCAUUCUAGAGUGCAACGAAGGAUCUGCCUUCAUGUUCUACUGUAUCUUGGGCUAUAUGGGUCUCCUUGCUAUUAUCAGCUUUACCAUGGCUUUCCUAGCCAGGAAUUUGCCUGAUGUUUUCAAUGAAGCCAAGUUUAUCACCUUUAGCAUGUUGGUCUUUUGUAGUGUGUGGUUGUCCUUUGUUCCAACAUACCUGAGCACCAAGGGGAAAUAUAUGGUUGCUGUGGAGAUCUUCUCCAUUAUAUCUUCCAGUGUUGGGUUACUGGUUUGUAUCUUUUUUCCGAAAUGUUUCAUCAUUGUGCUGAGGCCUGCUCUAAACAACAAAAAACAGCUAAGAAGACAAACCUACAGAAAACCAUAA